AUGCGCUGGUUUCGCGGCCACGCCGAGGCGCCAAGACUUUUAAGCCUAAGUCCUCUUCAAGCUGAUGAAGACCUUGACGGAGCAUCUUACCACUUUCAUGCCGCGUCUCAGUACAGAGAUAUGUCUCCGGUGCGAUGGACUCGCCGGAAGUCGUCGAGCUCGGAGUCUGAAAGGAACUGCUACAACGUGCAGACGUCGCAAGUCACCACCGAGCGGAGUCCCACGAAGAAGGACAAGAAAAGGAUCCAAGAAGAGAGGCGGAGAAUAUGCGAGAAACGUAAUCCUCUCCUGGAUCGCGUGAAAAACACCAGGCUGAGCUUCUUCAAGGAUCGAGAUUCCGACGACGAGGACCAGGAAGAGGAGGAAGACCCGGAGAAACUGCAAUUUCGUUCCAUGUGCGAGCUGAAUCAACACGGUCUAACCAGAAACGAGUUUCGUAGAUCCGUCUGCGAGUCCGACCUGAAAGAGAUCAUCGAGGAGGAGAAGACUCAAGCAAAGAGGAAAAGACGUUCCAAAUCUCAGAGCAGACUUCCCUACAGAAAGCACCAAGAAGAACGUUUCUCCUUCCUGGGUUUUCGAGGUUCGCCUACUCAAAAAUCUGCAACGUUAUCCAAGGAGAACGUAAUCGAAGAAACCGCCAGUCAGCAGAAUCGCAGAUGGAAGAAGAGCAAGGAGUUCGUUCAGGAUCACCAGACCUCCGGACGAUCUGUGGACCAAGACACGGACGUUUCCACGAGAGCGGAAGACUCGGCGUUUAAAGACGGCUCUCAGUUCGACAGCAUAACUCCGUCCAGCUGUCUAGCGGCCAAGUUCCGAGCGAUGCAAGACAGGUACCUGAAGAGCUCCACCAGCAAGCUGAUCGCGAAGAUCUACAAGAAGGAGGGGAAGGACAGGGAAAGAAGAAGACUGAGGAGUUUCUCGUAUGGAACUCUGCCAGGCCUCGAGGAACUCCGAACGAAUCCUCUCUACGAGGAACAGGACCAAGACGACAACGACUCAGGUAUAUUGGACAACGACUCUGCGACCAGUUCUCUGCUCGACGACAGGUGCAGCAGCAGUGCUUCCGGUUUGCUGACCACUCUGAACGACUCGGCUCUGAAUUCUCCGCCUCAGUUGCCGCCCAGGAAACCUUCUUCCUCGAUCGUAGACGUGGAGAGAACGGCGAGACUGUUCUCCAGCUUGGACAUCUACUGCGGCAGGAACGAGGGAAAGGGUUGCAAGCGGGAUGUAUCCAGAUUGAGCGCUCUUGAGGACUCUUCGAGCCAGAUUUGCCAGGCGGCGAACAACGAGCUGAUAGAUCGACAGGAUCGCGAAAGUUCGAAGUCUCCCGAAGGGAAGAACGUGAUCGAGAGGCUCGAGAGCAAGGACUCCUUGAGAGCGGAGAGUUAUCCAAGUGCUAGGUUACCUGUUAUCAGAAACAGACCUUACACUACUGAAACGAUGGUCGUGAAGCUUCCUAGGGAAAGUUCUGACCAGUGUUUGGGCAUUUUCAUCGCGAAAACAGCCGAGUCUAGUCCUGGUUACCUGGUGGCGCACGUGGUACCUAAUGGUUUGGCCGACAAAGAAGGUACGUUGAGGAUAGGCGACGAGAUUUUGAUAGUUAACGGCAAGAGACUGCGAGGAUUGAGCAUGGCCGAGGCUAGGAAGAUCCUUGGGAGCGGAAGCGGACCCGGCGACGUGGACAUCGUCGUCUCGAGGUAUACCGCCAUGGAUCAGUCUCCGAAAAAGUUGAGAGAGAGCAGCGUCGAUUACGAGAACGUCCACAUGGAGAACGGUCACGGUGUUAUCGUCGAGAACUCGCCUAAGUCGCAUUUUAGGAAGCAUCACACGAAACAUCAUCGCGACAGGAGGAACGAGUGCAACAGAUCGACUUCCUCGGAGAAGACGGUCGUGAACGUGGACAACUGUGGCUCGCAGAGUGUCUCGAAUUUUUGCACUUUACCGAGGAGGCCCAGGAACACUGUCUCGACGUUCUUGACGGUCGUGUUCCAGAAAGGUCCUGGAAAGAAGUCGCUGGGAUUCACCAUUGUGGGUGGAAGCGACAGUCCUAAAGGAAGCAUCGGUAUCUUUAUAAAAUCGGUAUUGCCGGGAGGGCAAGCCGCGGAAGAUGGCCGUUUGCGCGCAGGCGAUGAGAUUUUGGCAGUGAAUGGCCACGUUUGUCACGACUUGACCCAUCGAAAGGCUGUUCAGCUUUUCCGCAAUAUCAAAACUGGACCGGUUGCCUUGCACCUUUGUAGACGCGUUAAAAACAAGGAACUACAAACAACGAAGGCUAAGUCGUGCGCAGACCUUUUGCUCGUCGACGCGUGAAGAGAAGCUGUACAAG